CUAAAAACCGCUUUGACAACCUGGAAAUCUUCUUAAGAUAAGUUAAAAUGGAGUUUUCAGAUUCUCUCAUUGUGAUUAUUUGGAUCAACGUCCGUUUCUGCCUCCCUUUUACUUUCCUGCUUAUCGCUCUGUGCUGCCUGGUGCGGUUGGAUCGUGCUCCUGUCUCCUACUACAUGAACCUGCUCCUCUCUAAUCUGGUUCAGCUCAUCAUUCUGAUCGCUUUACCUCGACACUCAGAUUAUCACUGGAAGCAUCUGGUCUCUGUUCACAUCUACGCCUGCUGCGCUUUGGCCUCUCUCUACUUCAGGACGGUCAUCGCUCUGGAAAGGUGUUUUUUAAUGUCCUCCCUGCUGCCACGCAGCGUGACACAAACCAAACGCCUGCUGAUCGUCUGUCUCUGGGCGUUCAGUUUUGGUUUGGGUUCUCUUUUUCUAAAGUUCCUACAUGGGCUGCUGUUCCUGAUCUUCAUGCUCCUUCCUGCUCCUGUGUUCAUUGUGAGUCUGCUUUGGACCCUCAGAUCCACAAACACAAACUUAUCAGUGUCAUCUGAAGAAAAAGACAGAACGAUGGGAAUGCUUCUGGUUCUACUGGUUAAUUACUUCAUCUCAAUCUUCCCUGCAGUUAUUUAUUGUAUUUACUUAGGAGAUUUUAAUCGCUAUCACUUUAAAAUUGCUGAUAUUUUUCUGAGCCUGUUUCUCCUGGGUCCAUGUUUGGAUUUGAUCUUGUUUGUCUUCAUGUGUGAAGGACUUAUUGACAAGCUGCUGCUGUGUCUGUGCAGCUGCAGGAAGGAAACCAGUGAAGGAUCUGAUCUCAGCAGCUCAUCAGUUUGAAUGCAGCACAUGAAAAGAAGCAAAGUGAGAACUAAAAGGGAAGAAUAAAGAAAUAAAUGUACUUUAAAACAAACAGAUCUGAUGUAUAUGCAGACAUAAAGAGUCAAAUCCUAAUCAUCUGACCAGGUAGAGAUUUAAAACCAUGUAAUAAAUUCUAACAAAGGUUAAGGAUGAUGGUAAAAAGGUAAAGGAAGUGGAUUAGUCAGCAGAGGAAACUGAUUCAAUGGAACGAUUCAAAAUUACUUUACAAAAUUCAACAACAUUUUUAAAUUGUUGCUUUACAUUUUUAAAUGCUGUAUAUAUGGAGCUCUAUGGGUUUUAAACUCCUUCGCCUUACAGG